AUGAUGCAUCAUAGCUCUCGCUCUAUGAAGCUCAGCAUUCCCCGAGAAUCACAUAAAAAGCUGUCGUCUAUCCCAGAAGUACCUAAUGACGAACUGCAAACCAUUAUUCCUGUUAUCCAGCAAGCGGAGAUAGUCCCAGCUUCAUUUCAUCAGUCUGGAGCACAUGCACUUGCAGCACCCUCUCAAUCUGACUUAUCCAGCGUCAACAUUCAACGGAUCUGGGACCGCCUCAGACCGCCCGAUGAAGCAUCAACAAAGUUUCAUAAAACAUCAUCAAUCCAAGUGAGCCAGGGCAAUUACCCACGGCCACCCAUUCCAAACAAGAACAAAGAUAUCUUUGCUUGUGAGUGGUGUUUUGAGCCGCUUGACAAGAAAGCACUCUCGGAAAGUGAAUGGCGUUCCGACGACUCUGACGACUCUGACCUCUUAGACACCUCUUCUAACUUAGAGAUGAAUACUCUUCAGCAAAGACCACAGCGGACAGAAGACCGCUCAAAGGCUAUAGCCCGUCACAUUGCAGUGCAUCUGCAACUGCUAAUGCUUUUGACGUUGCGCUUUGCAGCCUUACAGAAAAGCGAUAACGACCUGGUGGAUGAUGAUCUGAAGAGUGACUAUGUCGAUAUCGACGAUGAAGAAAGCUCCCUGAAAGGCAGUGACCCAGAAAAUCUUUUAGGCAUCAACUCCAGGAGAGAUGUCACCAUGGAAGAUAUUAGCGACGAAGCCGACUCAGAGGUCGCUAAGGAUAUCCAUAAUGACUUGGUGGAGGAUGAUAUUCCAGUCCCCGACACAGACCUUGAUCUCGACGAUAUCCCUAGACAAUAUAAUGGUUUGGUAGCCGAGAAGGACGCCUUCUUAAAGGAGAUAAUCGAAUCUGGAGCUUGGCAGCCUAGGCAAGAUGAGACCAAAGAGCCUAUACGCUAUGAAAUCGAAGACUAUAACAUUGGAUGGAUCUGUGCUACCCAUACGGAGUAUGCCGCCGCCGUGGCGUUUGUCGCCGAAGUUCAUGAGAAGCCUGAGAACAUAUCCGUUUUUGAUUGUAAUCAUUAUACAUUUGGCCGAAUUGGACGACAUAAUGUCAUUGUUGCUGCUUCUCCAAUCGCUGCUCAUGGGCAAUCACCUACGGCAACUAGUGUAGAAGAUAUGUUAUAUACCUUUCAUAACAUCAAGGUCUGCUUGCUAGUGGGAAUUGGCGGUGGUGUUCCCAGCACAGAUCAUGAUAUCCGACUUGGUGACGUUAUAGUGGGUUGUCCUUCUUCAGCGACAGAAGGCGGUGUAAUCAGGGAUCCUUGA